GAACGUUUAGAUAUAAAUGAGUACAAGAUAAUCACGUGAUUCCGGCAAACGUGUCAUCGAGGACGUCCGCUGAGCUAUAAUGUCUGACGCGGAAGGAGAUGAAGUGCCCCAGCCAGUUGCAAGCAGUAUGGACGUCAACACUGCUCUCCAAGAAGUUCUAAAGACGGCCCUACACGCGGACGGCUUAGCGAGAGGCCUCCAUGAGGCCGCAAAGGCUCUUGACAAACGUCAAGCUCAUUUGUGUGUCUUGGCUAAUAAUUGCAACGAACCGAUGUACACCAAGCUGGUUGAGGCUCUCUGUGCUGAGCACAGCAUCCCACUGAUGAAGGUUGAUGACAACAAGAAGCUUGGAGAAUGGGUUGGCUUGUGCAAAAUCGACAAAGACGGAAAACCGAGGAAGAUUGUUGGCUGCAGCUGUGUAGUAGUAAAGGAUUACGGAAAGGAAAGUGCGGCGCUUCAUACCCUUAUGGAUUAUUUGCAAAAGCAGCACUAGCCCGAUUCUCAAAGGACUGGACAGCCUUGUAUGUUGCUCUUGUUAGCGUAUGUACAUGCAGUGGAUGGUUUGAAUAAUCAGAGAUAUUUGAAGAUGAUC